AAGAAAUAGCAUCAUCCAAGUUUUUAUUAUAGUUUAGUGAACAGCGCUGUGAACACUGUGGCCAGCAGCUAAUAUGCCGCAUACAGGUCAAGCAGGUGUCAAUCAAUUGGGUGGUGUUUUCGUUAAUGGUCGCCCUUUGCCUGACUGUGUGCGCAGACGCAUCGUUGAACUGGCUUUAUGUGGCGUCAGACCUUGUGAUAUCUCACGCCAGCUUCUGGUAUCCCACGGGUGCGUUUCAAAAAUAUUGACACGUUUCUAUGAAACCGGUUCUAUACGUCCAGGUUCUAUAGGUGGGAGUAAAACUAAGCAAGUGGCUACACCGACGGUCGUCAAGAAAAUUAUACGUUUGAAGGAGGAGAAUAGCAGUAUGUUUGCUUGGGAGAUACGUGACCAGCUGCAACAGCAACGUAUCUGUGAUCCCGCUUCUGUGCCCUCCAUUAGUUCUAUUAAUCGCAUUUUAAGAAAUAGUGGUUUGUGGACCGAUGAAAUGACCACCAAUCAGAAUGCCGUUGCAGCGGCAGCAGCGGCGGCAACUGCUUCGCCAACUCAUCUGAUCGCGCCAUCAUCAUCAUCUGUGUACAAUAACACUAAUCAACUGUACUCAAAUUCUGCGUCUACUUCAGCUACCAGUAUCGUCCAAGACACCGCUCCGUACUCUCAUAAUACUGGUACAACAGCCAGACAGUUAUUGCAAAGCACCUCCACGUUAGGCUUAAAUGCACCCUAUCAUUAUAAAGAUUUAGCUUCUACUUCAACUGCUUUAAGCUCGUCAGGCGAGCAUCCUAUUAAACCGGCCCCAAAGCAUGCUUUGGUGUCCACAACAUUCGUUUCCGCUUCAUCAACUUCAGCACUAAACGGUCAACUUACUGUUCAGGAUCUUUCGUAUACGAGCGCUUUUCCUAAGCAUUGGCUUUGCAAUCCACUUUUGUACCAGCAUAUGCAAGCGGCAAGUCAAUUUUUUCCUCAAUACAAUACCAGCCAUCAUCGUCAACCAUCAACAAUGCCUGCGUGUUUAUCAGCUGCCUCUCUUCAAGGCUAUAUAAAAUCGGAGAAAUCUAUAGAAUCCGCUAGCGCAUCAGCGAGCGAAGCCUUAAGUGAUUGCGAUUCUGGUAAAUCGUCUCCAUCCAAUUUACAACUUACACCAUCGUCGCUGGCCACCAAUCCUGGUCAACAACAACAACAACAACAACAUCAACAACCACAACAACAAACUCAUAGUCGUAAACGUAAUCCUUAUUCAAUAGAAGAGCUUUUAAAAAAACCUGAAAAGCGUACGCGCCAUCAUUACCACGCAUCCUCUAUUAGCAUGAGUAGUAAAUUAAAAUUGGACGCGAUGCAUAAAAUGAGUCCCAGCAAGCCGGACGAUUGCAAUGAUAGCAUCAAAUCGGCGUCGAGCAGUUGCAGCAGUAGCCGUUUGAGUUGCGUCUGCGAAGACAGUUGUGAUGACGAAAGACGCAGUCCCUUGUCAGGUGUCGGCAGUCAUCAAACAGAAAACGACGAUAAUUGCGAAACAGUUGAAGUAGUAAACUAA